AUGGUGUCCACUCGUAGCCGCACGACCGCGAGCUCUCCAUCGCCUGCUGAUCGUGCACUGAAGCGAGGGGCCGGUAGUGACGCCUCGGACCGCCCUAUGAAAAAGAAGGCGGCAGCGACGACUGCUGACAAUGCGGUCGUGGGCACACGUGCGACGAAAGAAGUAACGCUAAGGAAUCACGACGAGCAAGAAGUAGCGUUUGCGGACACGUUUCGCCAGCAGGGGGCGGUCUUUUUUAUGUUCCCUCGGGCCAACACACCGGGGUGUACCACACAAGCUUGCGGCUUUCGGGACAACAUCAAGACGAUAACGGACGCUGGAUUUGCAGUCUAUGGACUGAGUCGUGACUCGCCUACGGCUUUGAACAAGUGGAAGACGAAACAAGAGCUUCCGUUCGACCUCCUGAGCGACCCCGACAUGGAACUCAUUUCGUACUUUGGCAGCUCCGUGGGGGGCACGAAGGUGCAGCGCUCGCAUGUUGUUAUUCUUCGAGGUGGCGUCGUGGGCGACAUUGCCGCCAAGGUGUCUCCUGUGGCAAGUGUUAGCCGUGCCGUUCAGUUUGUGACGGAGCACGGCGCUGAAGCUGCUAAGAAGGAGGGACUGGCCACGGAAGAGGAUUCGGCAGAGGACAUGGAAGUAGCGAAGAACGAGGAACCGACCAAGGAAGAGAAACCAGUGGAGGACAUGGAAGUAGCGAAGAAUGAGGAAUUGACCAAGGAAGAGAAACCAGUGGAGGGCAUGGAAGCAGCAAUGAAUGAGGAACCGGCCGAGAAGGAGAAAUCAGCCGAUGAGGAGAAUUCGGCAAAGGGCGAGAUAAAGCAAACGAAGGAGGAGGAAGUAACGGAGGGUGGAGAAUCAGCGAAGGAGGAAAGUCGCGCCACAGAUGCCAAAUCAGCUAAGGAAGAGGAACCAGCCAAGGAGGAGGAAGCAGCGAUGGAAGAGGAACCAGCGAUGGAAGAGGAACCAGCUGUGGAAGACAAGUCAGCCGAGAAUGGAGAAGCAGCCAGAGAAGAUGUACAAACUAAGGAUGGUGGACUAGCUAAGGGCGAGCAACCAGCUGAGGAUAAGGGGCCGGCGAACGCAGACAAGCUUGUUGAAGGCAGUGCUAUCACGCUUGACGUGGAGCUGCAGACAGACGCAUCGGCGACGGUAAAGAUCCAGGACCUGUUCAAGACGCGAGGCGCCAUCUUUUUCAUGUACCCAAAAGCAGACACGCCAGGCUGCACUGUUCAGGCUUGCGGCUACAACGACAAUCUACAGACAAUCAACGCUGCUGGUUAUGAUGUCUACGGACUCGGCGCCGACACUUCCGCCGAGCUGUCAGCAUGGAAAGCGUCGCAGCAGUACAAGUUCACGCUUUUAUCGGACCCACAGCACCGAUUGAUCGGCUACUUUGGCAGCUCCAUGAACGACGGGACGCGUGUGGAGCGCUCGCACGUGAUUGUGCUGCCAGGUGGUAUCGUGGGACAGGUUGAGCGCAACAUCUCGCCGCAAGACAGUGUGCAGAAGGGUCUGGCAUUUGCGAAAAGCCACAGUAUUGACAUGACCAGCAAGCUGUAA